GCCCCUAGAGACGGCAGCAGGAUGGGUGGGCGGCCCUCGAGCCCCCUGGACAAGCGGCAGCAGCAGCACCUGAGGGGCCAGGUGGACGCCCUGCUGAGGAACUUCCUGCCCUGCUACCGCGGGCAACUGGCAGCCUCUGUCCUGCGACAGAUCUCCCGUGAGCUGGAGCCCCGGGAGCCCGCCGGAUGCCAGCUGAUGCGCAGUAAAAAGCUUCCCCGAGUCCGUGAACACCGAGGGCAUCUGACCCAGCUUGGGGGCCACCCGCCCCGGUGGCAGCCCAUUUUCUGUGUCCUGCGUGGGGAUGGCCGCCUGGAGUGGUUCAGCCUCAGGGAGGAAUAUGAAAAUGGGGGCCAUCCCCUGGGCUCCAUGACCUUGACAGGGUAUACUGUCCUGACUUCCCAGCGUGAAUAUCUACACCUGUUGGACACUCUCUGUCCAGUCUCCUCAGGAGAUCAUACACAGGAAGAGCCUGACCCCCUCCUGGAAACGCCGGUGACCUUCCCCCUGUUCCUGCAGCACCCCUUCCGCUGGCACCUCUGUUUCUCUGCAGCCUCGAGGGAAGCGCAGCGCGCCUGGAGGCUAGCCCUGCAGGGCGGCAUCCGGCUUCGUGGCACAGUCCUGCAGCGCAGUAAGGCCCCCGCCGCCCGCGCCUUCCUGGACGCCGUAAGACUCUAUCGGCAGCACCAAGGCCACUUUGGCGGCGACGACGUGACCCUGGGCUCGGACGCCGAGGUGCUGACCGGGGUGCUGAUGCGGGAGCUGCUGCCGGCGCUGCGAGCGCAGACGCUGCCCGGCCUGCGAGGCGCGGGCCGCCACCGUGCCUGGGCCUGGAUCGAGCUCCUAGACGCGGUGCACGCCGCCGUCCUGGCCGGGGCCUCCGCCGGACUCCGCGCCUUCCAGCCGGAAAAAGACGAGCUGCUCACGGUCCUGGAGAAAACCAUCCGCCCCGACAUGGACCAGAUACUGCGGCAGCGGGAGCGCCUGGAGGGGAGGCUGCGGGUCCAGGUCCAGGGCCCCCUAGAGUCGUGCCUGCGCCGGAAGGUGGACACACAGCUGUCCCUGGUCACUCAAAAGCUGCUGAGCACCAUGGAAGCCGUUCUCUCAGCAGUGCGGACCCUCCUAGCUCAGGCCAUGGACCGCCUGUCCCGCCACCUGCGUGGGAGCUCCUCUGGCACAUGGCUGCGCAAGGAGGUUUACUCAUUUGGGGAGAUGCCCUGGGACCCAGAGCUGAUGCAGACCUGCUACCGUGAGGCUGAGCGAAGCCAGGGCCGCCUGGGUCAGCUGGUGGUGCCAUUUGGCUUCUCUGGAACACGAAGCCUCAUGUUUGGGGCUCAGGAUCUUGCACAGCAGCUUAUGGCUGACUCUGUGGCCACCUUCCUCCAGCUGGCGGACGAGUGUCUGACCACAGCCCUCGACUGCACCCAGGCUGCCCAGCAGCUGGAGAAAGUCAGGGGCCGUGUGCUGAAGAAGUUCCAAUCCGACAGCAGCUCGGCACAGAGGGAGUUCAUCCGCGGGUGGCUGCUCUGCAUCUUCUUGCCCUUUGUGUUGAGCCAGCGGGAGUGGAGCUGCAAAGUGGAUCUGCUUGAGUUCGAAGGAGAUGUCCUUGCUGUGGGUAGCCCGGCCCUGACCCUCGAAGGCAUCUAUGAAGACAUUGUCCAGGGGGUCCUGCUGCAGAGGAUCAAUGGAGAAUUGAAAAAGGCCCUCGGUGUCAGUGAUGUGUCCUGCACUUUGGAUGGUUCCUCAGAGGCCCCAUGGGACCAGACAAGAGUAGGUAAGCACCUCAUAAGCUCUUGGGCCAUUCUGCUUAUCUUCUGGGCACUUGUAAUUUUCUGUUCAGUUUCUUUUGCUGGGCUUGCAUUUACUGAGCAUUUAUUAUGUGCCAGGCAUUUGAUGUGUUUUGGCAUCCUUAUGACGCUUUGUAUUUUGCAGAUGAGGGAGCUGAGGCUCAGAAAGGGGCAGCCAGGCUCUGGUGCUGAGGUCCAGCCUUUCUGCCUGCUGCCUCCUCCGAGCACAUUCCGCAGCUGAGUUUUCAGCCACCUCUGUCCUCAUUCGUUCGCAGUGGAUAAGUGUGUGCUAGUGGAAUUUAAGAGUCAAAGCAUAUGCACCAUUUCAAGCCUUUUAUAACCCUCAUACCUCCACCUCAUUCCUCUCCGAAAAAGCUGGUCUUUUUACACUCCCAUCAGCAGCAUUUGUGCAUAUUCUCCAUACCCUUUCCAAACACUAGAAAUUUUCAUAACAGAGCAAAAGUCAAUUUGAAAGACACACACAUUUCAUUGUUUUAUUUUGAAUUUCCUUAAUGAUUACACUGAAUCUAAACAUGUGUUUAUUGGCCAUUUUUAUG